CGGGACCAUGCUGAAGCUGCUGCAGGUGUGCGGCCGCGCGCACGCGUGGACGAGCCUCAGGCGCGUGUCCGCGGGGGGGGCGCGGGUGGACCCGAACCUGGUCCAGAACCAGAACCUGGUCCAGACCCGGGGGGUCCAGAACCGGAACCGGGGGGUCCAGAGCUGCACCGUGGACCCGAACCUGGAGGAGAAGUUCGUGUUCUUGGACCCAGGUCCAGGUCCAGGUCCAGGUCCAGGUCCAGGUCUGGACUCUGAAGGUCCAGGUCCAGGUCCAGGUCCAGGUCUGGACUCUGAAGGUCCAGGUCCAGAGGAUGAUCUGGUCCUCCAGCUCCAGCGUUCCUCGGUCCCCCCAGAACCCCCUCAGGACGGGGCCGCCCCCCCCGGGACCAGGACUGGGACCAGAACCAGAACCAGGACCAGGACUCUGGAGCGCCAGCUGCAGUUGCUGGGGGGCGGGGCCUCUCUGGGGGGCGGGGCCUCCCUGCAGGAGGGGGCGGGGCCAGACUCCCUGAUCCAGUUCCAGGACGUGGACUUCCCUCUGGACCAGGACCUGGUUUCUGCACCGCAGAAGAAGAAGAAGAGGAAGGAGCACCGGGUCGUCGGCACCGCCGACGCCACCCAGCCCGUUAGCGACGUGCCGUGCUCCGGCUGCGGCGCGCUGCUGCACUGCAGCGACGCCGCGCUGCCCGGGUUCCUGCCCAGCCACAAGUUCCGGGCCCUGCAGGGCCGGGAUGACGGGGCCCCAGGGGUUCUGGGGGCCCCGGGGGGCCCAGAACCCCCGGGGGGCCUGGCCGGGGCCACCUGCCAGCGCUGCCACCUGCUAACGCACCACCACCGGGCCCUGGACCUGAAGCUGACCCGGGACCAGUACCGGGACGUGGUGCGGAGGAUCCGGCCCCUGCGGGCCCUGGUUCUGCUGGUCACGGACCUGCUGGACCUGCCCGACUCCGUGGUCCCCGACCUGCCGGACCUGGUGGGGGCCGACAAGACCGUGGUGGUUCUGGGGAACAAGGUGGACCUGCUGCCGGGCGACUCGCCCAACUACCUGCAGCGUCUGCGGCGCCGGCUGCUCCAGAGCUGCCGCGACGCCGGCUACGGCGAGCAGGUGAGCGACGUGCACCUGAUCUCCGCUAAGACGGGCUACGGCAUCGAGGAGCUAAUCACUAGCCUGCAGCGCUCCUGGAAAUACCGCGGAGACGUGUACCUGGUGGGCAGCGCUAACGCCGGCAAGUCCACGCUCUUCAACACGCUGCUGGACUCCGACUACUGCAAGACCCGGGCUAGCGACGCCGUCGGGAGGGCUACCAUCUCCCCCUGGCCCGGAACUACCCUGGACCUGCUCCGGUUCCCGAUCCUCAACCCGACGGCCAAUCGGAUGUUCCGGAGGAGAGAGCGGCUGAAGGAGGCGGAGCUUCAGACGGAGGAGGCGGAGCUGGAGGCGGAGCUAGCGCCAGACCAGCGGAGGAGGAUGCAGAUGCUGAGUCGCCAUGGUUACCUCGUGGGGCGGGUGGGACGGACGUUUCGGGCCGACGGAUCCACGAGAGACGAGAUCCAGUUUGAUCCGGACAGUCUGGCGUUUGGAGACGAGGAGGAGACGAAGACGGCAGCUGUUUCCAGGUCACAUGACCAGCUGAGCUCCAACGAGGUGAAAGACGCUCAUUGGCUGUUCGACACGCCGGGAAUCCUGAAGGAGAACGAUGUCCUCCAGGUCCUCCAGGACCACGAGGUCCAGCUGGUUCUUCCCUCCAGGGCUCUGGUUCCUCGGACCUUCGUCCUGAAACCCGGGACGGUUCUGUUUGUGGGCGGAAUGUUCCGGAUCGACUUCCUGCAGGGAGGACAGUCCUGCUGGUUUUCCGUCAUGGUUUCCAGUUCUGUCCCGGUUCACGUCACCACGCUGGAGAAGGCCGACGGAAUCUACGAGAAACACGCGGGACGAGCCUUUCUGGGGGUGCCGUUAGGAGGGCCGGAGAGGAUGCAACAGUUCCCAGCGUUGGUUCCUCACGACUUCAGGCUGGAGGGGCGGAGUCUCCUGGAGGCGACUGCUGACAUCACGCUGUCGUCUGCAGGCUGGGUGGCGGUGACGGCGGCGCAGGGCGACCAGCUGCACCUGCGGGUUAGCGGCCCCGCCGCCGCCGCGGUGGCUCUGCGGUCGCCGCCGCUGCUUCCUCACGUUGUGGCCCUGAAGGGGAAGCGGCUCCACCGGUCCUGGGCCUACCGGCCCCUGAAGGCGGCGCCGGGACGCAACGCCGCGCAGGGGAAGAAGAAGAAGUCCUGACCAGGGGGGCUAAGCCCCGCCCCCUACACCUGUGUAUGUCUGAACCAGAUUAAACCAGUUUGAU